GGCGCAACCGAAAAUCCACGGCAUCCAACCUACGUUCCCUCAGCAUGGUGACUCAGAUAAUCAGCACCAUGGAGACACAGGCCAGUAAUGGUCCCGGCAGCGUGGGCAUCCUCAACGGCACAAACGGGGCCGCGGACGACAGCAAAACCAACCUGAUCGUCAACUAUCUUCCACAGAACAUGACACAGGAGGAGUUCAAGAGCCUGUUUGGCAGUAUUGGAGAAAUUGAAUCUUGCAAGCUGGUCAGAGACAAGAUUACCGGUCAGAGCUUAGGAUACGGAUUUGUAAAUUACGUGGAUCCCAAUGAUGCCGAUAAGGCCAUUAACACCCUCAACGGGCUGAAGCUACAGACUAAGACCAUCAAGGUAUCCUAUGCCCGGCCAAGCUCCGCCUCCAUACGCGAUGCCAAUCUCUAUGUGAGCAGCCUUCCAAAAACUAUGAAUCAGAAGGAGAUGGAGCAGCUUUUCUCCCAGUACGGCAGGAUCAUCACCUCACGUAUCCUGGUUGACCAAGUCACAGGAGUCUCGCGAGGAGUGGGCUUCAUCCGGUUUGACAAGAGGAUAGAGGCAGAGGAAGCAAUCAAGGGGUUGAAUGGUCAAAAGCCACUGGGAGCUAGUGAACCAAUCACAGUGAAAUUUGCCAACAAUCCCAGCCAGAAAACAGGUCAGGCCCUGCUUACCCACCUUUACCAGACCACAGCCCGGAGGUACACCGGACCCCUUCACCACCAGACACAGAGAUUCAGGCUGGACUCUUUAAUAAACAUGGCGUAUGGAGUCAAGAGGUUCUCUCCUAUCACCAUCGACAGUGUUACCAACCUUGCCGGAGUCAGCUUGACUGGUCCCACCUCCGCGGGCUGGUGCAUCUUCGUCUACAACCUCUCGCCAGAGGCCGAUGAGAGCGUCCUGUGGCAGCUGUUCGGGCCCUUCGGAGCAGUGACAAACGUCAAAGUAAUUCGGGACUUUACCACCAACAAGUGCAAAGGCUUUGGAUUUGUCACCAUGACAAACUACGACGAAGCAGCCAUGGCCAUUGCCAGCCUGAACGGAUACCGGCUUGGAGAUAGGGUCUUGCAAGUGUCAUUCAAGACCAGUAAACAGCACAAAGCAUGAAAGGAAGCACAUUGAGUGGAGGGAGCGAGAGAUAGAAAUGGAGGAAGAGGUGCAUGAGAGGGGGAGAGGGGGGGGGGGGCAUGAAAGAGGGAGAGAGGAGGCAAAAUCAGAGGAACUUUAAACUUUUUACCACCAUUAAGGUUGGACACAUGGAAGACAAGCCCAAUAUCUGAAGGGCUUUAUAAUAAAGGAAGGGCUACUUAAUAGAGCCGGUUCAAAAUGUAAACCCAAAGCAUCUACUGUUCUGGUGCUACUGAUUGUGGUAGGGCGAUGCUAGAGCUAAAAUGGCACUUCUGCCGCCCUUGUUGGGAGUCUGAUGCCAUUGGGUUUGGAAUCAGUAAGUAUGUGGAAGUCUGAGUAGAUAUUGUCUGUCUAAUAUGGACCACAAGACAUUAUUAGGGGGUUCA